CGAUCGAUUGUACGUUGCUACUUUGCAGAACAGCUAGCCUUUAGCAUUAGCCUGCGACGGGAUGGGGCUAAAAAUAAAUCAUUAAUUUGUUGUCGUUUCAUGUUAUCUGCCCGUGCUGUGGGCUGGGGACUGACAGUCGUAUCUGUGGCCGGAGCCAUGAGCAGUUUGUCCGGGUCGACGUGCGCUGGAUGUCGGGGUUUGGGAGCACCAGCAGGACCCCGGGAUGCUCGCUCCCUCAGCCCGCCUCAGGAGCUGCACAGGCUGGGGGCAGUGCCUGGACGGGACCCGAACAGAACCAACGAUAUGCUGCUGCUCCCACCACAAAUACAAGACCACGGCAGUGCAUCCAAACAUGUGGUCUUCUUCCAUGGAGACAUUCAGAACUUCCAUGAGGAGAUGGCCCUUCACUCGGACGCGGCCCCGUGGGUGGGCUGGUCCCUGGAGCAGGCGGGGCGGGUGCUGGGGCGCAGGUUCCCGGACAGUCACAUUUGGGUGGUCCGAGCGUCGAGGAUGUACCUGCACAAGUUCAGCUGCUACCAGCACUUUGUCCAGUGCAACAUGUUCGGAGCUCCAGAGCAUUCAGGUUAUGAAGCCGGACAGGGCGCCUUCUGCCAGCUCAGAUCUCUGCUGAGUAACGCCAUGACUCGUGCCAACCUGCCUCACCCUCUCCCACCACCAGAGGGCAGCGACACCACCAUCCCGCCCGGCUUCUCUCUGACUCUGGUGGGCUUCAGUAAAGGCUGCGUCGUCCUGAACCAGCUGGUGUACGAGCUCCCAGGGGCCCAGUCAGACCCUCUCAUGUCCGAAUUCGUGCAAAGGAUUUCUGACAUGUUCUGGCUGGACGGGGGACAUCCUGGAGGUAGCGAGACUUGGGUGACGAAUAAGGCAGUCCUGAAGGAGCUAGCCUCUUCAGGUAUUUCGGUGCACGCUCAUGUGACGCCGUAUGAAGUGUGUGACCCGAUGAGGGCGUGGGUGGGGAGGGAGCAUGAGGUGUUUGUGAAAACGCUAGAGGAGUUUGGGGCCUGUCCCAGUAAGAAACUACACUUUGAAGACGAGCCGCCCUCCAUCGAAAACCACUUCAGGGUCAUUCAGGAGUUUUGAGCUCUCAUUAAAGCGAGCAGUGUAUUUAUUUAAAGUCUUGGGGAGUUCUUCAGGAGGGAAGAGGUGGUGGUCUGUUAAUUACUCAUCUUAAGCCAGUGAUUCUUAAAAAAAAAUACUGUUUUCAUCAAAUUAUAUCCCGUUUUUUUGGUUUAAAAUUUCAUUGUAUUUCAAAUAAUUUCCUGAGAAUGAGAAAAAUGCAUUUGUCGUCUAUGAAAGUUGAAAUACUCUCCACCCAGGUUCAGUUGUGAUUGUUGUGCGGGCUACGUUCCUUUAACCCGAUAAACUAUUACCUCAAAAGGUCUACUGCAUUUUAACAGUAACUAAAACAUACUUUUACUAUGUAUUUUUCAAACCAAACUUGGCCUUUAUGAACUAAUCGUAUCUUUGUCUGAAAUCACUGGCUUAAGUGACUGAACUCUCAAAAGCAGCAAAGUGAUUUAAAACAUGAAUGAACUCAUUUUGCAUCAAAUGUUUACAAAUGUUUAUUCUCAACUUUGGUUUGACCCGAGCCUCAUUAUUGUGUUAUUUAAUUUGCUUAAAUGGGGCUAAAAUACGUGUUAAACUAGAUGCUAACAAUGCUAACACUGCUAUGAUUCCUUUAGUUUGAACAUUUGCACUUUUGGUUUGAUUGUUUUGAUAAAAUGGUGUUUGAUAUUCUCAAGAUUAACAUUAGAGAAAAUGCACAAGUUGAGAGGUUUCUGUUUAUUGUGAUUGUGAAAAACUUGUACUUGUUUCCAAAAGGUAAAACAUAUUUGCCACAUUAAAUCUGUGGUGAUAAAAAAACAAAAAAACAACAACAAUUAAAUACAAUUAGUACUUUCAAUUGUCAAAACAACCGUCUUUAACUGUAAUUCAAUUUAAAACCUUUUUUUUUUUUAAACAUUCUGCUCCUUUUUGCUCGUCCAAAUCAAAGAUGGAGCACUUAAAGCUGCACUAUGGAACUGCUUCUCUCAUGAAGAUUUAAUUGCUUUGCCUGAAAUAUUCCACAGUAUAGCAUUUAUCGCUCAAAAAUAUGUAUUCUUACAGUGAGUGGGGUCGCCUCUCCACAGAUCUGACCUGUAACUUGGCCUGACAGCACCACUCGUUUAUCUUGAUGAGGAAAGUUAAGUAAGUUUAAUGCCAGACUGUGAAAUAUUCCAGGCAAAUCAGUAGCGUUUCCAUGGACACGAGCAGAUGACUUUCAAUCAGCCAGAAAGGUUUCGCAGUGCACCUUUAUAUGCAAAAAAAAACAAAACUAAAAUGGAUUCCUCCUGUUGUGUCUUCCAUCGCCAGCACUUACCCAAAGCUAACGACUAUUCAAAUAAUUUAAAUAAAUGUGAACUGUGCUGUUUUUAAAGAUAUUUGAGCGAGUGCGUAUAUAAUUUCACACGUUUAUUUCAUAUAAACUGGUUUGGACGUGAGCAUGUGACUUAUUUGCGGAGCGUUUUCUGAGGUUUUCCGUGUAACUCAAAUGUAUGUAGCAUCUUUGCACUUUAGCGCUGUAUCUGCUGAAUGUACUUCCAUAUCAUUCCCUCUUCAUGUUUACCAAGUCUGCCAUCUGCUGGAGGCCUUCAAAAACGCAAUAAAUGGUCACGCACAUCA